CCAGCCUCACGGAUCGCGCGGGACCAGGUUGAGCUGCGUCUCUGCGAGCGGACGGAUGGACGGACCCAGCAGCUGCUCUGGUCCUGGAUGAACCGAAAUGCUCGAGUCGGGGACCUGCUGGCGCUGCUGGACGAGCUGGAGCUGUACCGGGCCCGCGACCUCCUGGCGAGCUGGCAGCCUCCCUCCGAGACCCCCGUCCUGAGACCCCCGUUUCUUCCCUCGGCGCCUCCAGUCCCCCACCCCCACACUGGUGACAGCAGAGCUUCGACCAUUGCCUGUGACCCCCCCAAGCCACCCCCCCAGCCCCUGCCAGAGCCCUCCUGCCCCUCACUGCCUCUGCCCGGCCCCCCGCCCAGCAGCCUGCUCAGCACCAGCAGCCAGGGGCCUGCCCCCCCACCCGCGGCACCCCCUGCUGACCAGGGGGUGAAGGCGCUGGGCCCUGCCCGCCAGCCCUUCGCCUGGCCCCUGGCGGAGCUGGCGCAGGCCACGGGCGGUUUUGCGGAGCGGCACAAGGUCGGGGAAGGUGGGUUCGGCUGCGUGUACCGGGCCCGGCUGCGCAACACAGACUACGCUGUCAAGCGGCUCAAGGAGGAUGCGGAGCUAGAUUGGAGCAGCAUCCGGAGCAGCUUCCUCACCGAGGUGGAAAACCUGUCACGGUUCCGCCACCCCAAUAUUGUGGAGUUUGGGGGGUUCUGCGCCGAGCGGGACCAUUUCUGCCUCGUCUACGUUUUCAUGCCCAAUGGAUCCCUGGAGGAUCGGCUGAGUGGCCAGGGGGGGGCCGCCCCUCUGUCGUGGGCCCAGCGGCGCGUGCUGUGGUGAACGGCGCGAGCAUCCAGUUCCUGGCACCGGGACACGCCCAGCCUGAUCCAUGGGGAGUCAGAGUUCUCUAACAUCCUGUCUGGACCGGGGGCGCUGCGUCCGGCCGUGCGAGACUUGGGCGGGCGGGCGGGCCGGGGCCGGCCUGGAAGUGGGGGGCUUCAGUGCGCCCUGGGGGACCACACGGUGCGGGGAACCUGGCUCCUGCCCCCGAGUACGUGCGGGAGCGGGACCCUGUCCCCCUCCAUCGACACCUACAGCCUACGGGGUGGUGCUGCUGGAACGCGAGGGGAACGGGGGCCUCGGAGAACAGACGGACGUGACGGACAAAGUUCCGCUUCAGCCCCCUGCGAUGCCCCAUCCGACCGCAGCCCCUGCCAGCGCCCGUCAUCCGAGCACCCGCCCCAGUCGCUCUGCCGGGUGCCUCACCCUGACCCGCACCCGCCUGCCCCCUCAAGCCAGGACUGCUGGGUUCUCUCCCUGACUCUGAGGGUCCCCUGGCUCUGCCUCACCCCCCAGGUAUACGAGGACCUAGAACGGCUGCAGAAGUCUCUGCCCUGGGAUCCCCCCUCAACACGCUGGGAGGACUCGCUCCCCAGGGCCACAGGGCUGCCCCCCAACCAGCCCGUGGAGAGCGACGAGAGCCUGUCGGAGGAGGGGGGCAGCUGGCUGGGUGUCGCCCCAUCCCUGCACCCCCAGAUUCACAUCAACCCGGCCCGGCAGCGCAUCAUGGAGCGGCUGGCGCUGUACCAGCAGGGGGCGCUGGACAGCCUAGGGGUGCUGGCCUCCGAGCUCCCAGCAGGCUCGGCCCCCCACCUGCCCGAGGAGAGCGACGAUUUCGAGCCCUGAGAUGGACGGACAUGGAAGGACGAAGUUCUCAUCAAUGGGGGGCAAGGCCCACCCCGAAAUGCACCUCCUGGCUGCUAGAACCCACCCUCGGGCCUGGCCCCCCAGCGUCCGGGGCGGCGACUUGGAGUGGAGGGGGAGACAUGGUACCUGCUCUCCUCCCUCACCCCCUGCAGUGGACGUGGGAGUCAGGCAUCCGGGAAGGGGCCUUGGAACUGAAGAGGGAGGUGGCACCUCGGUACUUCGUGGCUUGUGCCGGUCCCCCUGCACACAGAUCCCCUUGCUCCAUGGGACCCCCCCGCUCCCAGCCGUGAGGGUUCCCGGGGGUGGGGGCCCGCAACCCACAAGGGAAAAUAAAACAUUUUAUAUA